AUGCUUCCUUUUUUAAAAUACCAACAUCCAAACCAAAAAUAUAUUUACUACAAACUUAUUUUUUUCACUGAAUUAAUGCUAUACCUUAGAAUGAUAUUACUUAUACUCACUGGUGAAAAAUUAAAUA